GAGACAUCUUUUUUGCGCGUUCAACUUUUGUCGAUAAUUACACGGUUUUCACCCUAUCAGACAUUAUUAAAAUAAUAAAUUUAGUGAUUUGUCAAAUCCUCAGAUAAAGAGGAUGUCGGCAGAAUCACCUAGAAGAAGCUCACGAAGCGGAGGGGCCGUCGUACGCCCACAUCAAGUUUGUGACAAGUCCGUGUUGGAAAGUGUUGUUGGAUUUUUCCAAGAUGUGGUUCCACAGGCGUAUUCUGGAACACAAAAGGUUGAUGACAGAGAAAAGGUGCAAUGGGUGAAGUUCCAGCAUUUAGAAGGGUCAGAUACCCUUUCUGGUAGUGGUGUUGAAGGAUCUAAUGCCCUGAACCUGCUACUGAUCAUUGGCUAUACUAAUGGGGUACAGAUAUGGACUUUACCUGAAAGUGGUGAAGCCCAAGAAGUGUUGUCUCUCAGGCAGGGACCAGUCAAGGUGUUGAGGGUAUUACCAACACCCCAGCCAGUAUUUGAUGACACCCAAGAUACAUUCUCCAACAAGAGGCCGUUGGUAGCUCUAUCUGAUGCAUCUAGUGCUGGACAACCUUAUUGCUCUGUGAAGUUUGUCUCCAUGAAAACUGGGGAUGAAGUUCAUAACAUCACCUUCAUGAACAAACAUGUGACAAACAUUGAAUGCAACAGUAGGAUCAUUUUGGUUUGCUUCAUGGAGAAGAUAGCGGCAUUUGAUGCUUGUCAGUUCAAACAGCGAUUCUUUAUCACGACAUGUUAUCCUUCUCCAGGGUAUAACCCUAACCCAGUGGCACUGGGAAAUCGAUGGCUUGCCUAUGCUGACAAAAAGUUGGUAUCAUGUCAUCAGUCAUCUGGAGGCAUGACAGGGGAUGGAGCCCAGUCUUAUGCUGCAACAGUCAUCAGCGCAGCAAAGACAAUAACAAAAGGCCUGACGAUGUUUGGUGAGACAGUCGUCAGCAGCAUGACAGGCAAACCUCAACAAGUCAAGAAGGAUGGUCCAACUCAGACUGAUAACGAUUAUACCCCAGGGAUCGUAACUAUUUUAGAUAUUGUCAAUGUAGGUGAUGGCCAGGUCAAUGUGUCCUCAGACUGGGAGGGUGAGGGACUCAUUGCCCAUUUCACUGCCCAUGCUACAGAGCCAAUCGCAGCCAUGGCAUUUGACAACUCGGGUACAAUGUUACUGACAGCAUGUCGACUUGGACAUAACUUCCACGUGUUCAAGAUUAUGGCGCAUCCAUGGAAUUCAACACAUGGAGCUGUGCAUCACAUCUACACCCUUCAUAGAGGAGACACAACCGCCAAGGUACAAGACAUUUCAUUCCAUCAUGACAGCAGAUGGGUAGCUGUCAGUUCAGUACGAGGGACAACUCAUAUCUUCCCCAUUACACCCUAUGGAGGACCUGUAACUGUUCGGACACACACAUCAAAUCAUGUUGUUAACAGAGCCAGUCGAUUCCACAAAAGUGCUGGUUUGGAUGAUAUGGAGUCUCGACCCAAGGGAAGGAGCAGUCCUGUGGGCUUAUCUAGCAGCCCAGGAUCAUCAGCUCAUUUUCUUGAUCACCAUGCUGCAGUGAUGCAUCAUCAAAAUACAUUGAACAAUAUGGGUAACCCACGGAUGCCCCCUUAUCCGCAUCCAACAACAGUUUACCCUCUUGUGCAGAUUCGGCAACCCUUAUCAAUUGGAUCUCUAGCGAAUGUAACAGGGACGACAACGAAGACGAAAUCAAGCGGACAGACUUCUAAUGGUGCAGAUAAUGUUUGUGUAGCUGCUGUGUUUAGUGCUAGUAGGUUCUGGGCAGCUGGCAGCCCAAAUGUGACUCGUGAAAAGGACAGGAAAGUGGCCAUGGAUUCGUUAUUUGUGAUGAGCAGUUCUGGUAACUUGGUAGAAUAUGUACUCGAUCCCCAUGCUAAGAUGUCAGCAGAUAAGGACAAGAUAAGCGAGGAUUCACCCAUUGAAGUAGCGGCAACACCCAAGGGACAGUGGACACUUAUCAGGUCUGUGACUGCUGUGGAGUUCAAACCUCCUCUGACAAACAACAAUCCUCUCAUCAUGGCUUAUGAGGGUGUGGCACAAGACCCAUUAGGGUAUGACCAAGUGACGAGAUAUGGAUCCCACGAUAGUCUUUCAUCUGAUCAUAGUUCAAAAUCAGAUCAGGAUGAACAAUGGCUUUCACAGGUAGAAAUAGUCACUCAUAUCGGCCCUCACAGGCGAUUAUGGAUGGGACCACAGUUUUCCUUCAAAACAUUUCAAACACCCCAGAAUACCACAAUCCUCUCAUCGAAUUCCUCCGCACUACUUUCUCAAAGUCCCGAGCAACACCAGGUCUCCACAAUGGAUAUUGUGUCUGAGGAUGUAGAUCUGCUUAGUCUAGGGAUUCAUCAGUCUCGUUCUAGUCCAGUGGCAAUGCCAGGGAAAAAUGUGCACCGAGCUUCAGUCAGCAGUGACACGUCAAGCCCAACGCCAAGCAUAGGAGGACAUACAAGGCAUCCACUUUACAUUGAAGCUGGAAGCUUCGAGCAUUCUCCACAGUUGGUUGAAGUAUAUGGCAGCCACGGAAGCUGGCCGGAGAGUUUGCCCACUGCCAGUGGGGCUGUCACCGAUGAUCAAAUAACAGAAACCCUUGCCGACGCCAUGAUUGAAACCCCAACCAGGGAUGGAGGAGUUGCAAAUCAAGAUGAUAGCAGUGAUAAUGCUGAUGCGAUGAAGUCCCAUGUUCGUUCGUUCGAUGCUCGGUCGUCACCACCUCAUUCCAUAGAACAUGUGUUAGUGUUUCCAACAGCUUCGGGAUCACCUGAUCAUUUACAAUAAGUCCGAAAGAUGAUGACUUGCUGUCUCAUAGAGGAAAUGGAAUAUUCUAAUUGGGAAUUGCACAGAUGAACAUUUUCUACGACAAGUUUCUAAUUUUUUUGACCGUUUCUUGUGUCUUUUAUUGCAGUAUUAAUAGCACUGACUAGUGUUGGCCUUUUAAAUGCACUACAUUACAGGGCAGUAUGUAUCUAUUGUGUGGCAUAGUGUUGGAUUACAUCUAUACCCCAAUAAAAUUUGGCAGAUUGGUCUGCUGGGGAUGUUUUCCUGGUCCUGAUAUGUGGUGCAUAUCUAUCUUCUCUUGCAUGUCCUGCUAAAAUCUCUAUCAGCCUUGGGUUUACAUUGUAGUAACCAUGUAUCAUCAGACUUUAGCACAACACAAAGUCAGUGGGUGUUCUUUCGGAGCAAUGGAACUUUUUAUUGUAAAAUGAUUUUAUUGUAAAGUAAAUUACUAUUUAGUUUAGAAAUUUUGAUACAUCUCGAUGUAGAAGUACUGGUAAUCAAGAAAGAAGCAUUUGAAGCAUACACGCAUUCACUCAUAUUAUUGGUGUCUGUGAUCACAUCAAACUUUUUUGCUUUUUAGAAUCCAUGUCUUCAGUAUACACACUCAAAAUAAAGGUUUUUGAGCUUUUGAAAACUUUAUUGGUUUUCGGCCAACACAAGUAUGCACACCGUAGAGUUUUCAGAGGUUUUCAGGCUCUCAUUAACCGAAAAAGCUCCACAGGUGCAUAUUUGCACCACAUAAAGGUUUUUCAAAAGCUCCAAAAACCUUUAUUUGUACACAUGUACCUUUUGAGGCAAUUUCAAAUUCACAGAAUUUGUAAAUAGACUGUCAGUUUGGACGUUAUUCUUUGUUGUUGAGUCAGAGUAUCUUUUCUAUGCAUUGGUUGUUCAUCGAUAUUUUUUUCUGAUAUUGCCACAGAUCAUUUUUACUGUACAGCGUAUCUUUUCUGUCUACUCUGUAAAAUGAGCUGCUCGGCUUGGAUAGUAUCUUGGUGGCGUCAAAAAGCAGUUCCAGUUGCUAGCACAACAAGAAGCACUUUGAGCUUCAUAGGGUAGGUGGGGACCAUCGGUUAUGUCCUGUCGGUUUUCUGAGUCAAAAGGCUGAGGUACAUGACGUAACCGACAGUCACCACCUGAUUAAGGGUGUCUUUAUUGUCGUAGUAUAUGCUUUAUUCAAUCCUCAGUGUCAUUCUAUGCAUAACUUGUGUAUAUUGUGAUGUGUGCAUUUUUGAUUUUCAGUUGCAUUUUGUAAGUAGGCCUCACCCUAUUAUUUGGCUUGAUUAUUUGAAAAAUGCAACCUUUCUGUGAUAGUUCUGUGAGAUCUUGGGACCUUUAUGUCUGAAACUCAAGCGAGAUUUCAUUGUGGCUUGGGGAAGUCCAUGUCGGAGUUGUUGUGGCUGGAGAAAAAGCUUUAACAUAAUUGGUGAUAUGAAAGAAGACAAAUAAAUACAAUGUUUUUGAUGUAUGAAACAAGAAAACUCUCCACAAGUUAUACAGCAAUGUUUUUGAUUUACGGAACAAGAAAAGUCUCCACAAGUUUAUGCAACAAUGUUUUUGACGUAUAAAAAUGUGACAAAUAUUGAUCACUCUUUUGACCGUUAGGUUAUUGCUUGUACCUGUUUUAUUAGUUCUGCCAACAAUUUGGCGAACCUGGUUGUUUAUGGAGGGUUAUCUUGAAUAGAUUGAGAAGGUAAUGAUGGUUUUUUGCUCCUGAGGUUGAGGGAAAUAAUUGAAUGCACAAGACAAUGUUGAUACUCUUCAGAGGGGAAGAGAUGAAUUAAUCUAGGUGGCAAACAAAGCAGAAGGAAUGUUGAAUUGGUCACCAAUCCUAGGAAUAUUGAUAAUAUGAUGAUGUCCGUCACAAUUACUGUUUUUUGAGGGGGAUUAUAGGCAGGAGCUUGGGGGUCAAAUUGGUAGUCUUCAGGUGCUUAGUAUAUGUAGUUGAAUAGGGGCCUGUGUUGUGUUUGAUGCUAAUAAUAUUCCUCAUACAAGCGUGAAGUUUUGAUGUACCAUGAGACAUGGGAGAACCCUAUUGGUGACUUUAGUGAAGCUUUAAUAAUCUGACCUACCUGGCUGCUGCCUAAGUCCCCCUUUGAAGUACUUUAUUGCACCUUGUUUUAAAUGUGUAAAUGGUGUAUGGUAGAGUUUAUACCUGGCAGCAUUUGAUGUCCUCUAAAUGUGCUACAUUGGAUGUAUUGAUACAACUCUGAAAACCUUGUCCUGUCCUAGUAACUACCUGUUGUAGAAAACUUGUUUUGGUAGAUAUACCAGCAUAGAUGAUCACUGGGUAAAUGCUAAUCGAGUUACAUAACACAGCAAAAGUCCUUAAGGACUUGGAAGUAAUGCAUCCUUUGCCAGUGAGUCAAAGUCAUGACACUCACAUUCAGCUCUUUUGCAUUUUGUAGCUUGUCCUGAUGAUAGUCAGAGUAAGCAUUUUGGCUUUGCAGUGUAGGGCAGUUUUAAUUGCCUGUUUUUCUACCUCUAGAUGUAGAUGUCAGAUCUAAGGGCCAUCCAUGAAGGAUGUAAUAUCAAAAAUAGGGAAUGGUUGAAUAUUGCAGGUGGUCGAUUUGGCUGUUAUUAUAUGCCCCAAAAAGAUGACCCAGAAAGUACAUUGUAGAUGUCCCUAUAAUGGACACUCAAUACAGUGUACUGUUUCUUGGAAUUUUAUUCUGAGGCACCCUGUAGUUUGUGAAUGUCCUUCGUGGAUGGCAUUGGCCCAUAAUAACAGUUCUUUAUGUACAAAGAUCUUGAAAUUUGUAUCUGUGAUGGAGAUUUGCUAUCAAUGUUAAUUUGACUGUUUCUAUAUGCCGCAAUGUGGUUGUACAUAACCAUUUAUUAUAUUGUUGACAAUGAAUAAAAUCUGCAAUGAGCAAGGAUAUA